AUGUUCUCCUCGGCACUCAAGUCGAUAUCAUCGACCAACAUCACCGCGAACUACUCCAUCUCCUCGGCCCAGACCUCGUCCGCCGGCCCCUGGAAGAUUUACGAUUGCAAGAAGAAGUCCACGGGGAAAUCAUACAGCGUAUUUGUGUUCGACAAGAAAGGACUCGACAGCCAUGGCAGCAGUCUCGGUAGAUCAAGUGCGUCCGCCUUCAAGCGAGCCACGGAGGAGGUCAUUGAGCGCCUGAAGAAGGAGGCCUCCAGCUUGGCGAAGCUGAGACACCCGAGCGUCCUCGAGCUUGUCGAGCCAGUGGAAGAAACAAGAGGUGGCGGGCUACAAUUCGUCACGGAAGCUGUCACUGGCUCUCUAGCGGCUCUGCUGCAAGAGAAAGACGAUCAGGAGCGGAGUGGUGGUGUCAGCGGCCGGUCAAGCCGUUAUGUCACUGAGGAUUCGGAUGGUGUGCGCCGGCGGCGCGAGUUGGAGAUUGAUGAGCUCGAGAUCCAGAAGGGCCUCCUCCAGAUCAGCAAAGCUCUCGAGUUCUUGCACGAAAACGCUGGGCUGGUGCAUGGAAACCUGACACCAGAUGCCAUUAUUGUGAACGCCAAGUCAGACUGGAAGAUCAGUGGUCUCGCCUUUUGCGCCCCGUCCGAAGGGUCCAACAAGCCAACCUCCUUCCAACCCAUCAGCUUAUCAGAGGUGCUCAACCCAGACCCUCGGUUGCCUCGGUUUGUGCAGCUAAACCUUGACUACACCUCUCCUGACUUCGUCAUUGACAACAACUUCACCAAUUUUGCCGAUAUGUUCUCACUUGGUCUCCUAGCCGUGGCCCUUUACAACUCACCCCAUCGCUCUCCCAUAGAAGCUCACGGCAGCUUAUCAACAUACAAGAGGACCUUUUCCUCGCCAUCAACAGUUCCGUCUGUUUCCAACCAAUUCUUAUCAUCACGGCCUUUACCCAAAGAGUUGGUCCAGCAUGUUCUACCACGCCUGAUCACACGUCGACCUGCCCAGCGUCUCACCGCAAAGGAGUUUCAAGAAAGUGAAUACUUCAACAAUGUGCUUGUUUCGACAAUCAGGUUCCUCGACGCCUUCCCAGCAAAGACUCCAAACGAAAAAGCCCAGUUCAUGCGAGGACUAGUCAAAGUCAUGCCCUCAUUUCCCAAGACGGUUAUGGAGAAGAAAUUGUUACCAGCGUUGCUUGAAGAGAUGAAAGACAAGGAUCUCAUAGCGUUGAUUCUUCAAAACGUCUUCACUAUCGUCGAUCUAUUGCCGUCCGCGAGAAGGGUCUUUGCCGAAAAAGUACGGCCGGCUCUAAAAGAGACCUUUGCCCCACCUCCGAAGAAGGAUCAGCCUCCCGAGAGAGACCCGACUAAGGAUGCUGGGUUGAUGGUUGUGCUUGAACACAUGUCAACAAUCUGCAACAACUGUAAUGGCAAGGAAUUCACUGACGACAUCUUGCCGGUUGUCUAUGCGGCAAUUGAAGCACCAACACCCGCCGUUGUUGACGCGGCUCUGAGAGGUUUACCAUCUAUUCUCCCAGUUCUCGACUUCAGCACCAUCAAAAACGAGCUGUUCCCGGUCAUUGCUGCAGUCUUUAGCAAGACCAGCAGUUUGGCCAUCAAAGUGCGCGGUUGCCAAGCAUUCGUUGUCCUCUGUGGUGGAACUUCAGACGCGCAAGACGAUGGCCUCGAUGCUUUCGGUACGUCCAAUAAGAAAGCAACAUCGUCAUCCAGCAUGCUGGAUAAAUACACGAUGCAGGAGAAGAUCAUUCCGUUGAUCAAAGCCAUCAAAACAAAAGAGCCUGCGGUGAUGAUGGCAGCCCACGGUGUCCUGCAGGUUGUGGGCGAAGCAGCGGAUGCCGAGUUUGUCGCGAUUGAUAUCCUCCCCAUUUUGUGGCAUAUGAGUCUCGGGCCUUUGCUUAACCUCAAACAGUUCCAGAGCUUCAUGGACCUCAUCAAGAAGUUGUCUAAGAGGGUAGAAGAUGAGCAGAGUAGGAAGUUGCAAGAGCUCUCUGGCACCAACGGCAGCACCACCGGGACUAAUGAAGACUUCAUGGCCUUCGGUGGCGUCAGCGGGACCUCUUUUGAUACAUCCAAUGGAGCGACGGAAGACGAUUUUGAGAGUCUCGUCAAAGGUAAAACAACACGAACGUCAACUUCGGAUGCAUUCUCUAGCUGGGAAGAAACACCCGCCACGGCCAGAGUUACCUCGCCCGCGCCCGGUAGUAGGUCGGCAACUCCGGCCUUUGCGUGGUCAACACCGAGUCCUACCCAAACCGCACCACCUCCUGCGCCUAAACCCCAACCUAGUUUCCGGACGGUGACGCCGGACAUGGGUUCUUUCCAAACCAUGACUCCGACAACAACUCAGUUUUCGAAACCGCUACAGCCAACUACGCAGUCGUCGCAACCAGCGGCACUGUCCAGUUCAUCAAUCAAUUGGUCAACGGCGUCGGCGGCAACUUCGAACCCGUGGUCGUCGUCUUCGUCAACAGCGACGCUGGCCUUUUCGCCCGGUAAUUCCAUGUCGCCACCUCCGAGCUCCGCUUUUGGUGGAAUGAGCACGCCCAUGUCCAACAUGUCGCUCGGUGGACAGAGACCAGGCGUGUCACAGUCAUCUUCGUUUUCCUUGCCACCACCGCCAACGGGCAACUCGACGAGCUUUUCCGGAUCUUCCGGGUUUAGCCUACCUCCACCUCCCAGUCAUACACCGCCUGUGCAAUCAGGAUUGGGCGCUUUCAGCAAACCUGCAGCUAGCACCGGGAUGGGGUUGAUGAGUCAACAACCGAUGAAUGGUAUGAACAGCAUGGGCUCGCGGCCUGGAACGGGCAUGGGGAUGGCGUCUAGCGGUAUGAUGAACAGUAUGAUGAACAGCAACAUGGGCAUGAACGGUAUGGCUGGCCUACAGCAACAACAGCAGCAGCAGAAGCCACAACAGAAGAGCGGGUUGGAUAAAUAUGAGAGUCUAAUUUAG